UAUAAUUAAUCCUCGGAACCAUCCUAGGGAGUGGACACUAUUGUGUUCCCCAUUUUAUUUAUUACAUUAAUUUUUUUUUUUUUUUUAGUAGAGACGAGGUCUCGCUAUGUUGUCCAGGCUGUUCUCGAACCCUUGGGCUCAAGAGAUCUUCCCGCCUCCGGCCUCCCAAAGUGCUGGGAUCACAGGCGUGAGCCAACGGGCCCAGCCUGUGUCCCUCCCUCGUUUUUACAAAUGAAUAAAGAGAUGCUGGAUAAGCCCGAGGUCACAAGCUUUGCAGUGUAGCAUCCCCCAGUUUGAUCCCCUGUCUCUUUGGCUCCAAAACCUACACUCAGUCCUGGGAGCGAUUAGCGCCAACAGCUCAGAGAAAACGUGACGAAAACCAGUCUGUAAAACCCGAGCCUGGGAGAGGGGCUUCGGUGCGCGGGGGAAUUUGCAGACGCUCCCUGCUGCCGGAGAUUUCCUGACCUGUCCUUCAGCGCGGGACUUUCGGCGGGUCCCGGCCGGGCAGACCCGAGUGCCGGCGGCGGAGACUGCAGUGGAGCCAGUACUGGCUGCAGUGGCCGGGGCCGUGGCGGGAGAGUCAUGUCAGAGCCGCAGCCGCGGGGCGCAGAGCGCGAUCUCUACCGGGACACGUGGGUGCGAUACCUGGGCUAUGCCAAUGAGGUGGGCGAGGCUUUCCGCUCUCUUGUGCCAGCGGCGGUGGUGUGGCUGAGCUAUGGCGUGGCCAGCUCCUACGUGCUGGCGGAUGCCAUUGACAAAGGCAAGAAGGCUGGAGAGGCUCUGGCCUCUGUGGCCAUUCCAGGCUUCACCAUCAACCGCGUGUGUGCCGCCUCUCUCUAUGUCCUGGGCACUGCCACCCGCUGGCCCCUAGCUGUCCGCAAGUGGACCACCACCGCGCUUGGGCUGUUGACCAUCCCCAUCAUUAUCCACCCCAUUGACAGGUCGGUGGAUUUCCUCCUGGACUCCAGCCUGCGCAAGCUCUACCCAACAGUGGGGAAGCCCAGCUCCUCCUGAUCAUACUCUGGUACCUGGCCUGUGCAUCGGCCUCCUGCUUCAUGUCAACCUCCCACUCCUGCCAGGGGAUGUGGAUGCCUGGCUCCCUGGGGUCCAAAGACCCUGGCACCUGGGUGGGUUUGAGCCGGACAGAAGCUUAGAGACAAAGGCUUCAAGAAGCAGUGGCUGCAGGGAGUCACAGACGGGCAGGACCUGAAUGCUGUCUGCUUCCCUGGAAUCCAAGAUGCUGAGUGGAAGUGGACCCUGGGUGGGCCCGGCCCUGUCUUUUUCAGGAAAAUUACAUCCUCCCAUGGAGGAUGAGAGACUGAGGCUCAGGGAGGGCAAGGAAUAGGCCCAAGAUCACUUGGCAAGCUGGGCACCCAGGACCCCCAGGUGCUUGACAGAGUCACCCCAUGGUGGUAUGGCUGAACAAGGAGCGGCAGACAACUCAGGGAGAAACUCAGGAGUGCAGUACCAGGGACACCUCAGGACAGAUUCUCUGGCCAGGCCCUUCCCUGACCCAAUAAAUCCUGAAGAGGUU